GCUUAUAAAGUUGUUGCGGCCAUAAAACGUUCAAAAAUCAAAUUUUUGGUGCAACUAAAAUUAUCUACGUUCUGAUGGGUGCAAAACGAUUUUAUGGUGCUAAAACUGUUGCGAUUCUGAACUUGAGUGGCAGUGAAGAUGAAAAUUUGUCAGAUGAUGAUUUUUACCGAAAAACAUUUUCUCAAGUUCUGGUGGAAGAUACCAGUGAAGAAGAACAGCUUGAUAGAGAGAUGGUCGAAGAUAUUGUGAUUGAAGAAAGUGAUUUUUCCGAUAGUGAAGACGAUGUUCCUCUUUCAACUCUCAUUGCAGCAAACAAGGGAAAGAAAAAAAAAACAAGGUUUGUUUUGAUUGGGAAGAUUAACAGUUGAGGGUAUCUGACGAAGACAUAUACAUAUCUGUAGCGCACCUGCCAUCCACUAGAAGCUAUUGGAGUAGUACACUGAGAGCUCUUGCAAUAACCGAAGCUAUGAAAUGUAAC